CGGGAAGGGGGAUCCCUCUGGCAAAGAAGCAGAAGAAGGCAGGGGAUGCCGCAAAGAAGGCGGCCCCCGUGGUGAUUAUCGAGGAGCAGUCCUGGCCUCUUCCGAGCCUCCGGUCGAGACCGCGUUGACGACUCCGACAGACCUCCCUUCGGAAGACUUCCCCCGGGAGACCAUGCAAUUCUCCCUUGCCCCGAGAACCUCCGUGAUGCACGGCACGGUUGAACCGAAGGCGUUCCUGAGGGGGGUUACCUCGGGGAUGGACAUGGCAGCCCUCGACACUUAAGACGAUACUGCCCUCGAGAGAAAGAUCCUCCGGUCUUCUCUUACUCUCUCGGCGAACAGGCCCGGAGGCUCGAGGAGUGGCGCCUCCAGAAGGCCCAACAGGAUGAGUCUAUGUGGAAGCUUAUCCAUGACAAGGACGCUUCCCUCAUGGAUAUGUGCAGGCUGGAGGAGGCCCUUCGGCAGGCUACCGAGGGCGCUGAGCAGAGGCUGAGGUCUGCGGUGGAGGAGGCCAAGGCCGAAGCUGAGAGGAUCGAUGCCGAGGCCGCAAAGAAAGGUGCCGAGGAGGUGGAGGGGGCCAAGGCCGAAGCGGUGGCUGCUGCCGACAAGUCUGCGGUCGAGAACUUUGUCGCCGAGGGCUGGACCGCUGAGGGGAGGAAGGACUGGGUUUCCUCGGUGGGGGAGAAAAGCGUCGAUGCCUGGGUCGAAGGCCCCGGGAAGAUGUGGCUAGCCGAGAGGUGCGAUUCUUAUUAUCAAGGAGGUGAAUUUUUCACCCAACAUCUGAUUUACCGGAGGCUCAUCAGGCACUUCGGCAUCCCCCUUGAGCAAUUUGACCCGGCAGUGCACCCAGAUGUGAGAGUUCCCCUUUCCCCUGGCGAAGAGAAAUCACAGAUUGAAGAUUCCGUGAUGAUGGGGGGUUCUGACGAAGGUGGGGCUGAGGAUGAUGUCGGCGGAGAG